GGCCCAUCUCUCUCUCUCUCAACAAAAAUGGCAAGCAACAAUCUUGCUGUGCUUAAUGCUCUAGACACUGCCCGUACACAAUGGUACCAUGUUACUGCCAUUGUCAUAGCUGGCAUGGGUUUUUUCACUGAUGCUUAUGAUCUUUUCUGCAUUGCCACUAUCUCCAAGCUCUUGGGCCGCCUUUAUUACUACGAUCCUAGAAACGUUGGCAAGCCGGGAAAGCUCCCUGUAGGCAUCAACAACUUUGUUAUCGGAGUUGCCUUAGUUGGAACCCUCACUGGUCAGUUAGUAUUCGGCUGGCUCGGUGACAAACUAGGCCGAAAGAAAGUUUAUGGUGUCACUCUCAUUCUCAUGGUCAUCUGUGCCAUAUGUUCUGGCCUAUCUUUCGGUUCUAAUCCAAAAUCAGUCAUGUUAACCCUUUGUUUCUUUAGGUUCUGGCUAGGGUUCGGCAUUGGCGGUGAUUAUCCCUUGUCUGCCACCAUCAUGUCUGAAUAUGCCAACAAGCAAACCCGAGGGGCAUUUAUUGCUGCAGUUUUUGCCAUGCAAGGUGUUGGGAUUAUUUUCGCCGGGCUGGUUUCCAUGACUCUUUCCGCAGUCUUCCUCUGGAAGUUUGAAGGGCCAGCAUUCCAUAUUGACCCAGUCACCUCCACUGAACCCGAGGCCGAUUUCAUGUGGCGGAUCGUGUUGAUGCUCGGAGCUCUCCCAGCGAUCUUGACUUACUAUUGGCGGAUGAAGAUGCCCGAAACAGGCCGGUACACUGCCCUCAUUGAAGGAAAUGCAAAACAAGCCGCAGCCGACAUGGGUAAGGUUCUUGAAAUCGAAAUCCAGGACGAGCAGGACAAGGUGGCUCAGUUUAAGGCUAACAAUGACUACUCAUUAUGGUCUAGAGAGUUCUUUGACCGACAUGGGCGUCAUUUAAUAGGUACUGCGACCACAUGGUUCUUGUUAGACAUAGCUUUCUAUAGCCAAAACCUAGCUCAGAAAGACAUAUUUCCAACCAUGGGUCUCACAAACAAAGCUACCAAUGUCAGUGCUCUUAGAGAAGUUUUCGAAACUUCAAAGGCCAUGUUCAUAAUAGCCUUGUUUGGGACAUUCCCUGGUUACUGGUUCACAGUGGUUUUCAUUGAAAGCAUUGGCCGAUACUACAUCCAACUAGUCGGCUUCUUCAUGAUGUCCGUCUUCAUGCUUAUUCUGGGUCUCAAAUACGAUUUCCUCAACACCACGGAACACAAAUGGUACUUUGCGGUUCUCUAUGGACUGACCUUUUUCUUUGCGAAUUUUGGUCCCAACAGUACGACUUUCGUGCUUCCAGCAGAACUGUUCCCGACUCGCCUGAGAUCCACGUGUCAUGCCAUAAGUGCAGCCUCAGGGAAGGCCGGUGCAAUGGUCGGUGCAUUCGGGGUGCAAAGUUAUACAUUGAGUGGUAACAGAUCGAAGAUUAAGGCAGCAAUGAUAUUUUUGGCAUUUACAAACAUGCUUGGAUUUUGUUGUACAUUUUUGGUGACGGAGACGAAGGGGCGAUCAUUAGAGGAAAUAUCAGGUGAGGAUGGAGGGCAGGGCGGGAAUGAAACCCAGAUGACAGGAAGAUCAUUCGCGACGGCUCGACAGGAAGAUAUGUGGGAGGGAAACAAUUAAUGACCCUUCUGUUUGCUUGGCUUAUGAAGAAAAAAUUAUAUCGACAAGCCAAGCACAUGGGAUUAAUAGAAGAAACUAAACUAGUAAUUAAGAAAAGGGGGAAUAGUAAUAAAAUGGGCGAAAAGAUACUGAUUUUUUUGCCUGAUAGGAUUAAGGUUGGUGUUUUGUGUUGUGCUUUAUGGUAUAUGCCUUCCUCCAAACAAAUAAGAAGUGCUGAUGUUGUGAUCAUCAUUUGCACAAUUCUGGUCAA